AUGCCAGCUGGGUUUGACAAGGGUGGAGUCGUAUGUUUUCAGUGUCAGCAGCCUGGGCAUUACAAGUCCAGUUGUCCAAUGAUAUCGUCUUCAGUUUCUUUAGCUCCAAAGGUUUGCUAUGGGUGUGACCAGCAGGGUCACUUGAUUCGAGACUGUCCUAGUCAGGGAGCAGGCACCGGUAGUGGUAGAAGAAUUCAGGGUGGCAGUUCUCAGGCACAGACACCGCAGGGACGUGUCUUUGCACUCGCACCGGUUGAUGCAUCUUCUGAACCGUUAGUUCUCCGAGGUAUCUUUCCAGUGUUUGGUUCUUGGGCUCGCAUUCUUUUUGACUCUGGUGUAUCUCAUUCCUUCAUUUCAUUAUCAUUUUCACUUGCAUCUGGGUUAGAGAUUAUACGGUUAAGGGGUUUGUUAGUGGUUCCCACAGUUUGUCGGGAAGACAUCUUAUGGGAGUUUCACACUUCUCGCUUUGCAGUUCAUCCAGGUGGUACUAAGGUAAAGGCCGAGCAUCAGAGACCGGCAGGUUUGUUGCAAACAUUGCCUGUAGCGCAAUGA